AGAUUGCCAGUUUCUUGGAAAGAAAGAUCAAAAAAAUAAUUUUAGACGAGAUGGUGUUCCCUGGUGCCAUCACCAUCCCAUAUACUAACCAUGAUAAGGAACCCACGCAUCGCUUGAAGCUGCGCUUUCCCAAAUGCACCCUGUCAAAGGUGUCCGAUUCCAAGCGAAAACCGAACCGGAAUCUGUUUGUUCUAGUCAAUUGCCAACGCAAGAAGACGCCCUCCUCACGCACGGCGGUGCCCGAUUGGUCUGGUGCUACACUGACAUACGAGAUUAAUUUGGCAUGUGAGAAUUCGAUAAUAUAUUAUGUCAUUAUGCAUGAAACUAAAGAUAGCAUAGAGAUUGAAAUGUUCGAUGACCUGGGUGGCGUGUCUAAGCUGUUUGGCGUGGGAGUGGCCAAGAUGUUACUACCAGACACCAGCAACACAGCACAGACCACCUCUGGCUCCAUCGCACUGCCCCACAUAGAAUUCGUGCUCCGCAAUCCGACUGGAGACGACCAUAGCGAAUUCGAUCUCCACGACCCUGGUAGUGGGCUGGUGGCUAAACUGAGCGUAUCGGCAACCCUCACCAGAAUGGCUACAACUGAUGGCGCCCCUACAACAGACACUGCCAGAGCCAAGAAAUUGCCCGCCACAGAGUCCAACAUAUCCAAUAUAUCUCAUGCACCCACUGCGCAAAACUCUUCGCACGGGAGAUACGACAGGAGGCAGAUGACGCGCGAGGAUAUGGAGCACGCCAUCGCCGAAUUAGAGGACAAGCUAGACGGCGAAGCGGACGAAUAA